AUGCCUGAUCUAUCUCCCUCUCUUUCGACUGCGCCACACAAGACUAACAUGGAUGCGUUGCCCACGGAACUCAAGCAACGCAUCUGCAGCUUUCUGUCGCCAAAGCAACUCAAACCACUCAGACUCACCUGCAAAUCCUUUGCCACGGCAGCCGAACGCUACUUCAUCAACCGUUUCAUUCUGUUCGUCCAUCCUCAGAGUCUCGCCAAACUUCGCAGGAUCGCAGAGCAUGAGGUUCUUAGCAAGUAUUUGACCACAAUCGUCUAUGAUACGACAGUCACUUGUGGAGGCGCCCGACUUCAAAGCUCACAACCUUGCUGGGACGAUUACCGACCAAAGACCUUGACACUCAAUGCAGAUGAAAGCUACUCUGCAACGUCCACCCGGGUGAUGCACGAGGCUGAAGAAAAGUUUCAAGCUGCCUGCGCUGAAGCGAUGAUGGCCUCAAAAUCGACUGCCUUGACUUCGAAGGAAUAUGGUCUCUACUACAAGUACCCAAAAACCAAGUUUCAGUAUCUCGAAGUAAUCAAGUUGGCAUUCGAGAAGUGUCCACGCCUCAAACACUUUGUCCUGUCAGCCAGCCACCCUGUCGAAGUCAACAAAGCAAGGGCUCAAGCCUUCAAGAUCACUCAUUCGUCAGAGAUUAUCGAUGAGCACACAAGCCGUAAACCAUACAUGAUUUUCUACGCUACGCAGAAGUUGGAGUCCUUUACUUUGAUUGAAGUGGAAUUGCCUAGCCCAAUCAGCCUCGAGAAUGCACAACUCAUGAACAACUUGAAGCAUCUGCAUAUCAAGACGUCCAUUAGCAACAUCCUUCGGCAACUGCAUCAUGUAUUCGCUUGUGCAAGACAACUGCAAACUUUGAGCUUGUUUACGCAUGACAACAUUACUGAGAUUGUCAGAGUCAUUCGCGUGAGGAAGCCCAGGGCUUGUCUCUUAGUGUGCGAGUAUGUCGAGGGGACAGCCUUGAUCAACUUCCUUCAGCACCAUGCCGCCUCACUGCAACGCCUUGGACUUGCGUGGGCGUCGACUGACAUAGGAUGGGGACCAGUUCUCGGUAGCAUCGCUGGUCAACUGCCUGCACCUAAGCGUGUGCAGCUCGAGGCUUUGCACAAAGAUCUUGACCACUCAGUGAUAACGGCAGAAAGUGCACACGAGCUUGAGCGUUUCGUAACAUCUGGAGGCUCGUUUCCAGAGAUUCAGUACCACACAUAUGAGAUAUCCGAGGAUGACGAGGACUUCACUAUGGAAAAGUUUCACUUCUUCCAGGAUUCGCCACAAGACAAGCUGCCACCCGGUAUCUGGCCGGACUACGAGGAUAUCGUCGCUACGCAAGAAUUGAGCGAGGCCAGCAGAUGA